AUGGAGCUACAAAAUGAAAUGAUCAGCUCCUCCAGCAUUUCUUCAGCAAGCUCCAGAGAGUACAAGGUGGUGAUGCUAGGAGCAGGGGGAGUUGGCAAAAGCGCAAUGACAAUGCAGUUCAUAAGUCAUCGAUUCCCUGACUAUCAUGAUCCAACUAUAGAGGAUGCCUAUAAAACUCAAGUCCGAAUCGAUGAUGAACCGGCCUAUUUGGACAUUCUAGACACUGCUGGACAGGCAGAAUUCACUGCCAUGAGGGACCAAUACAUGCGAGGUGGAGAAGGCUUCAUUAUCUGCUAUUCCAUCACAGAUCGCCAAUCUUUUCAAGAAGCUGCUGAGUUUAAAGACCUCAUUUAUCGUGUCCGGCACACCUAUGACAUCCCCUUGGUACUGGUGGGAAACAAAAUAGAUCUUGAAGAGUUCAGACAGGUCUCAACUGAAGAAGGAAUGAGCUUAGCCAGAGAAUACUCCUGCUCCUUUUUUGAGACUUCAGCUGCCUUCCGCUUAUAUAUUGAUGAUGUCUUUCAUAGACUUGUGAGGGAAAUCCGAAGGAAAGAGUCUUCACAGACAAUGGUAGAGAAGAAGAUGAAGAGGAAGGAUAGUUUGUGGCGGAAACUGAAAGGAUCCCUGAAGAAAAAAAAGGAAAGUACAACCUGA